ACAAACACAAGGGAGAUAAAGACACUAGGUUUUGGAAUUUCUGCCUUGUGAAACCAGUAAUCAUCUUUCUACAGCAAUGAGAGUUUGGAGUCCUUUCACAGUUUUAAGCUUAUUUCUCUUACGAGCUUCGUCGGAGAAAGUUGGCACUCUGGUGGUAACCAUUGGUCUCCAAGACUUUAUUUUUGACGACGGAAAAAGCGUAACAAUCACGAUCAAUGAAAAAACUGAGCCAAGAAAAAGGGACAAGCCAAAAGUUUCUGGUGUCAUUGAAUCGCACGUGGCUGCAAAUUUCACCUUGACUUUCAUCAAGCCUGAUAGUACAAACGAGACAAUUUAUCUCGCUGGUCCUGAAAAUGGAGGAAAAAAUACAAAGUUCCCUCUAAGCACCUAUUUUCCAAUCAAUCUGAAGUCUAUUCGUCCAAGCACCGUCAACAUUGAAAUGCAACAAGGAGACCAGCCGAACGUGCGACUUGGACAAAUGGAAAUUAUUGGAUACGCGGAACCAUUGACAAAAAGGAAUGCCGAGGAAAUAGUGGAAACCAGUAAUAUUAAUUUGUCAGAAACCAAAAAACAAGUCGUCGACCAAGUUAAAACCAAAGAACAUCGAGACAUCAAGGAAAAGACCCUCGACGAAAAAGUCAAUAUCAAGGGGAAAAAAUCCAACGACGCCAACGCGGCAACCAACAACGUUAAGACCAACGUCGACGACAAAAUUUCCGUCAACGACACAAAAACUGUUGCCAACAAGAAAAUUGCCAUCGAAGACUUCAUCGACCACGCGAAAACUGUCGUUGGCAAUGAAAACGGCAAAGUUGACCUCCAAACGGUAGCCGAAGACAAAGGCCUGGAACUCGUCAACAAGGAAAACAUCGACGAUGAGAACAAAUUAAAUAAAAAAGUAGAUAUUUUAACGGAGGAGAGGGAUUGAUUAUAAUUAUAGAUGCAUCUGAAUAAAGCUAUGGAAUGAGA